AUGUCAGGAGAGUUACCAAAAAUUGGUAAUAAGAGUUUGUUUACCACUUAUGUUGAAAAAAAGAAUGCAGAAGAAGAAGCUAUGAAAAUAAAAAAUAGAAUUGAUUAAAUUAGAUAAGAACGAGAGAAAAUACUAAAAAAAAUAUAGUCAGAAGAUUAAAAGGCUGAACAAAUUUAUAGACAUAGAUUAGAAUUACAGAUAAAAGUAUGAAAUUUUAAAAUUCAAUAUUUUAGAAAGAAGAGAAAAUAAGAUAAAAAGUAGAGGCUCCUUCACCUUUCUCAUUGAGUGUCUCAAGAGCUUAAAGAGAGACAUUGAAAAAAAUAAAGUCUGAAAUGUUAAUAAGGAAAAAAACUGAAGUGAAAGAAUUCAGGGAUUGGCAUAAACAUGAUCUUAAGGAAACAAAAUUAUAGAGAAGCAUGGAUCAGGAGACAUUUAGGAAUAAAGUUAUUUAAGGUAAAUGGGAGGAAAAGCAAUCUAACUUAAAUACAUUAAAUUAAUUGAAAGAUAGAAGAGAUAAGAUUAGAUAUGAUGUAGAAUUAGAAAAAGAUAAAGUUAUCAAAGAGAAAAUUGAUUAAGAUUAAAAAAUAAGAGAGUUAGAAUAAAUUGAAUAACAAGAAUUAUCCUAUUUACAGUAGACAAUAUAGAGAGAGAAUUAAACUAAGGAAAAAGUUAAUUUAGCUUAAAGUCUUCCUCCAAAAGAAUUUGAGGCUAAAUUUGUAAGUGGAUCAGCAAAAAGUAAAUAGCAAUAGGAAAGUUCUUGA